UAAAAGGAUUUAUUGAAUCUAUAAUAAUAUAUGCAUGCACCUGAUACUGUCAAAUUGUUUCCAAAGUAAUCAGUUGCCUAUAUUGGCCGGCUGAUAGCUGGAACCUCAAGGUGUCACUCCAUGCCCCCUAAGCAGUGGUAAGAUGGAAGAAUUCACUGAGAAGUGAUCUGUGAGACGCAAAAAUUAUAUGUUGUUUGGGAUAUAGCUGGUGCUAGCUAGACUCGUUGAAAUAUUUGUAUGUCAAGAGUGAGACGAAUCUGGGAAGAAACUGUGUAAAUUUGUUAGCAUUUACUUAGCUCACACUAUGUAAUCCAUCAUCAUGAUGUAGACAAUGAUGAUUUUACCCAUUAAUUGUGUGGGAUUGGGAUGCCCUCUCAUUUUUGUUAUAUAGUAGUGGAGAUAGCAGCCACUUUGUCUUACUGCUCUUGAGGUCGAGGAUGCACUGAAAGUGAGUUGCACUACAUUUACAAACUACAUCAGCACAACAAUUUUUGAACCUGGACCAUCAUUACAAGAAGUGCCUAUAUAAUUAAGCCACACCACAACAAGUGGACCCAUGAAACAAUUUGGACUAUUUGUUUUUUUAAUAUAGCUUCUCCAUUAUAUCAGUACUAGUGACCCCUGGGAUUGGUCACUUGAUCCAAUCCAUUGAAAACUGAGCUGUACUACAUUCACAAAUUACACUAACUCAACAAAUUUUGAACCUAGGUCGUCAUGACAGUAAGUUCCCAUAUAACUAAGCCGUACCCCAACAAACAGCCCCAUUAAAACCUUACUUUGGACCACUUUUUUUUUUUUUUUUUAAUUUAGCUUCUCCAUUAUUUUUCUACAACUGUUCCAAGAGUUAAAUGAAUCAGAAUUGUUGUUCCUUGAUACUAAUGAUGAUUUUGAACCUAAUACCUGAGAUUACUAACGUGAAUCCAAUUCAACUGAUGAUUUUGCCAUCCCUGUUUAUUUGUAAAACCAAAUUUCAAGUUAGAUAUCUGAAACAGUGGUCUGAGACAAGGUGCCUAAAUCCUUCCAUGGUUUUGAACCUAUUUGUUUUUUCUUUCUUACUUCUUGUAUCAUAAAAAAAUCAAGGAAUCUUGGAAUAGUUUCAUCAGCUUCUCACUCUAGUUUUUGGCAUCCUUUGUACUGGACACCCAAUAUACACCUUUUUUCUUUCCAUCCUGAUUUCUAUCUAUUUCACUACUCUCUUUAUUCUCUAAAAAUGGCAUUUGGAAUACAUAAAGGUUAUUGUCAAUUAAAAGUUGUUGCUACAACAGCAGUAGAUUUGUGAAUAUCAUUUUACUACCUUAUGUUCCCACUUCGACCCAUUGAGUAAAACAUAUUACAGAAGCGAAAUAUUUUUAAUAUGCUUACUUGGAAUGUAUUUUCAAGCUUGCAGGCAGGCAGUCAGUAUAUGACUUCAUUCUUUUAUUCUCCAGUGAAGAAAGCAACCAAGAGGCAGAAGUCAUCGGGUGAUGGAUAUCAAAAUGUCCCUUUUAUGUAUAGCACUGAGGAGACAGCCACAGCUGCGAGGACAUCAGAGGAAGCAAUGGGGAGCUCUGAUUUUAUGCCACCAUUUUCAGUGCCUGAAAAUUUGUUUUCUCAUCUUCCACCUACACAAAAGACACAUCAGAUUAUUGCAAGAACUGCAAAAUUUGUGAGUGAACAUGGAGGACAGUCAGAAAUUGUGUUAAGGGUGAAGCAGGGAAGUAAUCCAGCUUUUGGUUUCUUGAUGCCCGACCACCAUCUUCACAUCUAUUUCAGGUUUCUUGUUGACCAUCCUGAAGUUUUGGAAUCAGAAAAGAGAUCUGAUACUGAACAGAUAGCAAAGAGCGCUGCAGGAGAGGGCCUGUCACUUCUUGGGUCUGUGUAUGGCUCUGGAGAUGAUGAAGAUGAAGGCGUAACUCAUCAAUCUGCGGUUGCAAAAGAUGGGAGUUCCUCAAUACAAGAUUCUCCUGUUGAUAACACUUCCUCUAGUGAAGGCAACAGCAAUGUUUUAGAGCAAGCAGAAUCUUCAGUACAGAAGAUUUCUCAAAAGGAUACUUGUAGCACUGAAUCAAAUGCAGCACCAAAUCAUGAUACAUUAGUCGCUCCCAAGGAGUCUUCUAAUCUAGAGGUGCAUAGACUUGCAUCUGGUGAUGGUUUGAGGACUGAUGCCCUAAAUUCGCACAAUAUGGCAAAAAAUGAUUUUUUGUCGGUACAGACUUCAGCAGAGAAAGUGACAGGCAGCAGACCAAUAUUGGAACUACCAUCAUUUUUAAAGCGUGUAGUACAAAAGAUGGUUGAAUUUAUUGCAAGGAAUGGAAAGGAGUUUGAAGGCAUCAUUAUGAAUCAAGAUAGAACAACCGGCCGAUUUCCAUUUCUUCUCCCCUCCAAUCAAUAUCAUCCGUAUUAUCUUAAAGUGCUGGAGGCAGCACAAAAGGGAGAGGUAUAUGAAGAUGAUGCAAGAGCUGAGAAGUCCAGUUCUCCAUCAGAUGUGUGGCGUAGUGAAUCUACAAAAAAUAAUCAGCCAAAGAAGAAGAAUAAUGUAGCAGGAGAUGGAUCACCACGUGUUGCACGUGCCUCUACACCAGAAGAAAUAAGUACAACACAAGCUAGAAAGACAUCAGAUCCUGAGAAAAAGACAAAGUUUAAACUAGUAAUCGGUGGCAUUAAAAAGGAUGCACCUGAUUAUGGAAGUGGAAAGCCUCUUGGUAUGACAGCAGAAGCUGCUGCAUCUGCAGUUCGAGCAGCUACAAAGAAGCCAGGAAGCCAAGGUAGCACAGAAGGUAAGGACAAUGAGAAGAAAGAAAGUGGAAUGAGUGCUGAUGCAGCAGCUGCAAUUGUAAUGGCUGCCACAAGGGGUUUACGAAGGUCUCAACAAGGGGGAACUUCAGAAACUGAAAAUUUUCAUGUAAGGAGCUUAGGGAAGACACUGCAAGGGAUAUCAGAAGAGAGUGAAGAAGUUGGCAGUGCAGGUGUUAGCUCUAGCCAUUGUGAUGCUUCCAAUUUUAAUUUAAGCAAUGGUGGAAUGGCUUUACCACAGUCAGGAAUAUCUGGCUCUAAUUCAAAACUAGUUAUGGAUGUUUGUUUUCCUGGCCAGCAGUCUGAAGAUUUUUCAGGUGCAUCUGGAUCUAUUUUGAGGUUGGAUGAUUCAAAUAAGAAAAAAGACGACACUUCAGUUGCAAAGGUUAUGGUUAAAGCUGCAGCUCGCGCUGCAGCUUGUGAAGCAGAUUCAUCUGAAUCUUGCUUGUCACGGGAAGAGAAACUGAGGGCAGAAAGGCUGAAAAGAGCAAAAAUGUUUGCUGCUCUGAUUAAAAAUGAACACUCUGCCUUACAGGAUAAAAAUGACCGAUCUACACCUGAAGGUGCAGGUUCUCUCCAGAAUGAGUCAGAUAGUAAGGCAACAGUUUGUGGAAGCUCUUACAAUGAUGCUUCAGUUCAGCUGGAUGCUCUGAAGGGCACAACUUCUGAUACCACUACAAAAGAAGAAAGCAGACAUAUGAGAGUUCUUACUGCUUCUGAAGAGUGUGGUAAUAAAUCAACUGCUAAAUGCCUAGACGCAAAUAGGCAUAGUCAUAGACAUCGUCAUCACCAUCAGAGUGAUUACCAUAAAAGUUCAAAAUCACGGCAUGAAAACAGUGAUGAUCAUGUAAGCUAUGUGAGGAGACACAAACAUGAGUCUGGGAAAAGUCAUAAAGAUCCUGUCACAGAGAGAUACUCAAGUAAAAGACAUCAUGAAAGCAGUUCCCAAAGAUCAAGUGAUGAUGUGCAUAGGGGGUAUAGGCAUCGCUCGAAUUUCAAGGAUGAUGAUUCUGGAGAGAGACAUCAUUACGAUUCUAAAGAAGCUGUGCAUGGACAUAGAAGCAAGGAUAUUACUGCCCAGAAACACACAAAGAGCUCUUCUGGGAAAGAACAUAGGAAGGAUUCUUCUCAUGGUAAGGAACACACAAAAGGGUCUUCUCAUGGGAAAGAACACAUGAAAGAAUUUUUUCCUAAGGAAAAUUCCUCUAAAGAAAGAGGAGAGAAAUUUGCUGGGAAAUUGUCAAAAGAUACAGAAGCCUUGGCCUCAGAACGAUCUAAAUCUCCAACGCAUGCUACGGAUGUUCCAGAUGAUCUCAGGGCAAAAGUAAGGGCCAUGUUACUAGCAACCCUGUAGCUGCUGCCUUCCGUAGAUGAAUGUUAUCAUUAUGAUUGGGUUAAUGUGUUGUUGACAUUGCUAUUCUUGUUUGAAAUUCGAGAAAAGGAUGCCAAGCAUCAUGUGAAAUUGGCCAUGAUAUUCUGUCCAUUUAUUUGUUUGAUCGACUCCUGGGUUUGGAGGAAUUUGAAAUCUGUAUUUAUUAUUAAUUUGAGAAAUUUAAUUCGAAGUUCAAAAUAAA